AUGCUACUUAAAAAUAAAACAAAAAUAUUGGUUGGGCUGGGUGCUUUGGCAGUCAUCCUAACAGGAGCAAUUCUGGUUAUGAUAAAAACAAUCGAGAAUAAUCCACAGACAAAAAAUGCUACACAUUCAAAACAAAAUGGUAUUGUAUCAAAUGAACUAACCAAUAAAGAGAAGAAAGAAUUACUAAAGAAUGAAUAUACAGAAAAUGGGGAAACCAUACUAGAUAAAAUAGAACAAUCAGACACUUCAUCAGACAAUCAAUAUAUGGAAGAAAAUAAGAAAAUAUGUAGUGGCAUAGUUAAUGAAAAGGUAAAAGUGAACUUUCAAUCUUUGAAUUUAAAUCAGAGAGUAGAACUAUUAAACACUCUAUCGUAUUCCGAUAGAGUAGAUGUGUUCAAAAGUCUAAUCGAUUCUACCCCGAAAUAUAGUCUAUCUUAUAUGAUAGACUGUAAAGAAGAAGAACUUUUAAAUGUCUUUUCUAUUAAUGGCAAGAUGGACUAUCUAUUUCUAUUAUCUGAUCAUGAAAAAGAAGAAAUAUUAAAUGAAAUUUGUAACAAUCAUGAAAAUAAAAAAUUCUUCAAAGUAAUUAAACAAAUAAUAUCAAGUCUCAAUACUAAUAUUGAAAAAGAAAAAGUUGAAAUGGAUCAAGAUAUAGAAACUGACCCUGUUUCACAGGAUAGCAAUAUAAAUGAACUCGAAAAUAACCCCACUUUGGGCUCUACUUUAAACGAUGAA